AUGCACUCUCGCUCUCUGGUUUCUGGUCUCCCCAGGACUCUGCCUGCCCUCCCUCCCUCGCCUGCGCCUCCUUGCAUUCCCUGCGUCGAGGGGCGGCAGCGCGCCGCUCCUCACUCCUCCUCGUUCCCUCCCACAGAGGCUCCCCUGCAGACUCUCCACCUGGACGUGUGGGGCCCAGCCCGCGUCCGUGGACAGGGCCACGAGCGGUACUUCCUCUGCUGCGGUCGUCGACGACUUCACCGUUACACCACGGUCUUCCCCUUGCGCAGCAAGGGUCAGGUCCCUGAUGUUUUGAUCCCUUGGAUCCGCGCUGUUCGUCUCCAGCUCCGCGAGCGGUUCGAGAGGGACUUUCCUGUCCUGCGUCUGCACUCUGACAGAGGUGUCAUGGAGGUCGCUCGUACCUCCAUGAUCCAUGCGGCUGCCCCUCAUUUUCUGUGGCCGUUUGCGGUCCGGUACGCCGCGCAUCAGCUCAACCUCUGGCCCCGUGUCUCCUUGCCGGAGACCUCGCCCACACUGCUGUGGACGGGGAAGGUUGGCGAUGCGUCGCGUUUCCGGGUCUGGGGUGCUCGUGCCUUUGUCCGCGAUACCACUGCGGACAAGCUCUCCGCCCGCGCUAUUCCCUGUGUCUUCCUUGGCUUUGUCCCUGACGCGCCUGGUUGGCAGUUUUACCACCCCACCUCGCGUCGUGUCUUUGCGUCUCAGGACGUCACGUUCGACGAGUCGGUUCCCUUUUACCGUCUCUUCCCCUACCGCACUGCCCCUCUCCUCCCCCGCCGCUCUUCCUCGCUCCAGGUAGACCCUCCUCCCUUCCCUGCGCCGGUUGAGGUCACUGGUGACUCAGGUCCUGCUGGGGGUGGUCCUGCUCGGGGUGCUACUUCUGGGGGUGCUGAGUCUGGGGGUGCUGGGCCUGGGGGUGCGGAGCCUGGGGGUGCGGAGCUUGAGGGUGUAGAGCCUGGAGGUGCUGAGCCUGCGUGUGAGGGGUCUGGGGUGCUGGAGCUGGUGGUUCUGGGGCUGCUGAGGGUGCGAGCGCUGGAGGUUCUGGAGCUGCUGGCUGGAGGUCUGGUGCUGGUGGCGCUGGAGCUGCUGAGGGUGCUGGCGCUGAGGGUUCAGAGUCUGCUGUUGCGCGGUCUCCUUGGAGUAGCCGCCUUCGUCCACGUGUGCCUCUCACCUUGCAGCAGCUGCACGACUGGUACGGUCGCCGUCAGGGUCGCGCUGCUGGAGCCCGGGGCUCUACUGCUGGAGGUACUUCUGCUGCCGUCCCUGGAGCUAGGAGUGGUGCUGGUACUGUUUCUACUGGAGGUGCUGGAGUCGCUGGUCCCGGAGGUGCUCGUACUGGAGGUACUGGAGCUGCUGGGGCUGAGGGUGCUGCGUCUGGAGGUGCUGCUGCUGGAGACACCGAGGCUGGAGACCCUGGGACUGGAGGUGCUGGUUCUGGGGGUGCUGGAGACGUGGAGGCUGGAGACCCUGGGACUGGAGGUGCUGGUUUCUGGGGGUGCUGCUGCUGGAGGCACUGGGGUUGGAGACCCUGGGCCUGGCGGUGUCGGUUCUGCUGCUGGAGGCGGCUGGGCCUAG